AUGUCCCAAGAAUUACAAGAAGAGAUAGAUGCAAUCGAAGCCAUUUAUCCUGAGAGUGUCCAAUCGUUAGCUUCUGAGAUCUUCAACUUUACCAUUCCCAACCAUGAAGAGGUAAGUAUCCAAGUAAGUUUUCCAGCAAAGUAUCCAGAUGAAAAACCCAAUUUGAUCCAGGUCUUCACCCGCAAUACGAUUUUAUACCCAGAUAACAAGUACAUUGAGGAGCAUGUUUUACAAAUAAUGGAUCAGAUAUAUAAUGAAGGUGAAGUUCUAGUGUUUGAACUUCUCGGAGAGGUUGAUCAGUUCUUGGAGCAGUACGAACUGGAACAUGCGGAGGAAAUUCAGAAAUUGAAUGAGAAGAUCGAACAACUUCAUGUUCAAGAAGCGCAGAUGAGAGAAAAACAGAAGAGAGAAGCUAAGAAAGCUCCAGCUCCAGUUAGUGAAGCAAGGGAGAUAGACUAUACAAAAGGGUGGAUUCAAUCUGAUCCAAUAGUGGACAGAGGCUCAACAUUCAUAGCGUAUGCACGAGAAGUUGAGUCGGUCGAAGAAGCCAGACAUUAUUUCGAUCUUUUGACUUUGGAUCGGAAAAUCUCAAGGUCAGCACACAACAUGAAUACGUGGAGAAUCAAAGGCGCCAAAGGUGUGUCGUACCAGGACUGCGACGACGACGGGGAAACGGCAGCAGGUCUGAGAAUGCUACAUCUUCUUACGAUUAUGGAUGUGUGGAAUGUCAUGGUCGUGGUCAGCAGAUGGUUUGGAGGAACGCAUCUCGGCCCCGACCGAUUCAAGCACAUAAAUGCCGCCACUCGAGACGUGCUCAUUAAAGGAGGCUUCUAUGAUGACAGCUCAAAGAAGAAGAAGUAA